CCAUUUGCAGAUCAAUUGAUUCCAAUGAAAGAUUUAACAUGUCUUCCGUUAGCAUGCCAAGAGCUUCCACACUUGGGUAACUCUGCCUCUGCAGUCUAUCUUACCAGGACAAAUUCCGCUCUCCCUCUUCUCACACCUCACCCCUCACUCAGCUCUGCCCUCCCCAUACUGCCCUGCUUCCUGGGUCACACUGUUCUUUAAGCUUUAUGUGGUAAUUUCUUCCCGUCAUCGAGUUGCCAUUGUUUGUGGCCUCUCUCUUGAAAAAUGACAUUCAGGACGUUGAGUGUGCACUUAGUAUUUGUCGAGAUGGAAGCUUCAACAGCACAUUUAACAACUUCUAAUUUUUCCUUAUUUUUGUUAGGUUGUUCAGUUCAGUGAGUCCCUGCGGAGUUAGCAUUUGGAUGGUUCUAGACCUCUGAGCACUCACCUAAACUUUGGGAAUGAUAGGGCCAAAGUGCUACCAACCCCAGCAGCCAAGACGGAGACCCAGCAAACCUCCAGAAGCCAGAAAGUCAAGUUUUUUGGCUUAGUGUUUGCACAGUUUACAUUUACUUCUCAGCGUGGAUCCCCUGGGUUUGUUUAAAAGUUCCUUGAAAGUUAUCAGACGUCUUAGGAGCGUAGAGUUGGGAGUCAGUGGAUCUAGUUUGGCAUGUCCGGCCUUUCAAUAGAAAUUGUAAAUAUAGUAAAUAGUAAAUACACUGUGAAACCCACUUAAAAUAGAGAAUUAAGUAUUACAGUCUUGGGUUUAAAUUCCAGCCUUGCUGGCUACUUUGUGUUGGUACAUGUUACCUCUCUGAGGUUCCAUUUUCCUCAACUCUGGGAGAAUGGUGAUGACUGAGUUUCAUAUAUAUAUAAACAUCCGCUGAAGGUCGAGCACCAAAUGAGUAUUUCCUAGGUAGUCAUUCUGCUUUGUGGUUAUUGAUGUAGAUGGGGUGGUGAUUUGGGUAAUGUGUUGUCGUUUAUUAACUAUUACUAGGUGCAGAUAUUUGCAGAGGAGGGUCAACUCCGAGUUGAAGGGGCCACUUUUGUUGAAUGAAUGUCGAAUCAGUGCACGACGAUAUUUGCAGAGUGUCUUAAACCUUUUAUGGGUCUUUCCGGGUUUUGCUGCCAGGACUGUCUCUGUUAAUAGCCCCAGGCAUUCCCACUCUGAACUCUCCUCCUACCUCAUGCAAAUCCCCAAAUCCUCCUGACGGGACAUCUGCACUGUGUGCUGCCUGAUCUGGGGACCUAAAUUCUCCGCUCGCUCUUGCUUGGACCCUCUCUGCCUGUCUCUGUUGAUCCAGGGUCUUAUCUUGUCCUCUGGAGGUAUGCUAAGUGCUGUACCAGCCUGCCUGUUUGCCUGGCCUGUUUUCUCUCACUGCCAGUACCUCUUGGAUUCCAAUUCCAAACAUGGUAUCCCUCUGGGGUCACCCUUUCUUCCGGUGCCAAGAGAACAUGCAUUCCAAAUGGAACACAAGUGUGUCUCUCCUGCUGGCUCUCACGCCUCAUUCUGCUUGGGAACAACAGAAAGCGGGAUGUGGCUUCGGUGUCCCGCGCUGCUGAAGUUUCUGGUGUUGUGAUCCCACUUUCUCUCAGGACAAUGUGUGUUUUUUGCUGAGAACUAAUUAUGAAGACUAUCCUAAGAAAGCCGGAGCCAAAGAAGUUUACUGGAAUGCUGCAGAGAAGACGAGAGGAUUGCUGAGAGAGAGAGAGGGAGAAGAAAAAAAAAAAUCCCAAACAACGAACCUAGAUUUUUCAAUCUUCCGCGAAGUGUGCUAUGUUCUGGAAUUCUUUCUCAGAGCCAUCAGAAGCAUUCCUGCCAGCAAAGGUGGAGUCGGUGGUGAGGAGCCACCUGGGAGUACAGAUUGAUUGAUUGUUUUCCCCCUCGCUUUCCUUAGUGGAGAGGCCUGGAAAGGCUUGAGAGCCCCUAAGAUGAGCGCCAACAGCAGCACGCUGGGUCAGCUCCUCUGGCAGAGGCCGGUGUGCAGUAGCUGGGAGCAGAAUACGGAAGGGUCUGUCUACCACCUGGCCAACUGCUUCUUGCUCAUGGGCUUUAUGGCAGGCAGCGGGGUGUAUGGAUGCUUCUAUCUCUUCGGCAUCCUGGGCCCAGGCUACCUCUGCUAUGGGCUGUGGGGCUGGUUUGAUGCCUGCGGGCUAGACAUCGUCCUUUGGAACUUCCUGUUGACGGUGGCCUGCCUGCUUCAGCUGGCACAUCUGCUGUAUCGCCUUCGGGUGAAUACCCUCCCUGAGGAGUUCAACCUCCUCUACAGGACUCUGUGCCUGCCCCUGCAGGUGCCCCUGCAGGUCUACAAGGAAAUUGUCCACUGCUGCCAGGAGCAGGUCUUGACACUGGCCACAGAGCAGACCUAUGCCGUGGAGGGGGAGACACCCAUCAACCGCUUGUCCCUGCUCCUCUCUGGCCGGGUUCGAGUGAGCCAGGAUGGGCAGUUUCUGCACUACAUCUUCCCGUACCAGUUCAUGGACUCUCCCGAGUGGGAAUCAUUGCAGCCUUCUGAGGAGGGGAUCUUCAGAAGCAGUGAGGUCCACGCCCUUGCUGUCGGCUGUGUCACGCUGACUGCCGAGACCGAAUGCAGCUACAUUUCCUGGCCCCGGAAAAAUCUCCACCUUCUUCUAAACAGAGAGCAAUACAUCUCCCGCCUCUUCGCAGCCCUGCUGGGCUAUGACAUCUCCGAGAAGCUCUACACCCUCAAUGACAAGCUAUUUGCUAAGUUUGGGCUGCGCUUCGACAUCCGCCUCCCCAGCCUCUACCACGUUCUGGGGUCCUCAGCCUCAGAUGGAGGACCGGAGUCUGAGAAGGAUGAUGAGGAAGUCUUUGAGGCGGCUGUGUCCCCUGCUCAGGCCAGGCCCAUCUGUAUCCUGCCAACAACAGCCCCUUGUUCCCCACCUCCCGCUACCACCAACUUCCCUGUGCCUCUGUCUCGGGCCAGGAUGUCCAGACCUGACAGCGGCACCCUGGCUUCCAGAACUCCUCUCCAGAACUCUUCUCAGGUUAUGUCCAGAGCACAGGCCCCUUUGGCUCCAACCCACACUCCUGAGCUUUAAGGACCACAGAGCUGUUGUCUGUGGGGCAGAUGGCUCUCUUCCAUGUUCCCUGAAUGGCCCUUCUAACAUCCAUCAGAAAGAUCCGGGGGCAAGAUGGGAGACGGACAUGCCAUGCCAGCCCCACAACUGCCCCAAGGGUGACAUGGAGAAACUUACGUUCAUCAACCUUCCUCAUAGGAGGAAGGUCCAGAGGCAUCAGGCCUGACUCCUUCUUUUAUGGCUUGUAGAACCAUGACUGGUUACACAGCCUCUGAGCCUGAUCUGUCAAGUGGGGCUAGGAACUCACCUCAUAGGGUUGUUGUGAGGAGCCCAUGAGUUGAUUUGGGUGGAGCACCUAUGACGUGCCAUGGCCUUGAGCAUGCGCUCACUAAAGCACCCCAUGCCUCUCCCAGAUGCUGUUGCUUUAAAUUGUCUGCAAGGAUCCAGCGAAUUUUCCGUGUGGUUAUUUUUUUUUGUUCCCAAAUAAGUUUCUAUUGAAAUAGAAAAUUUUUAAGCCCUGAUAUUUUCUUCAACUUUUAAGUUGAAAAUAGAAAUUACCGUGCCCUGUUUAUGAAUCUAGCAUUGGAUUCAUAAUUAGUAGGAUUGUAUAAGCUUAGCCAAUUCAUUUUCCUUCCUUAAACAUUUAAAAGUGACUUGCAAGUUGAGUCUGUUCUGCUCUCUUUUUAUCUGGUUAUUUAUUUUGAUUGAGACAGUAUGUUGCUACUGUAUGAGACUGGUCUUGGACUCACAGCCCUCCUGCUUCCCCACCCUGAAUGUAGGAUUACAGGUGGACACCACCGUGCUGUGCUGAAUCUAUUCUACGUUGCUUUUCCUUUCAAAGUUCCAUGUAUGCUCUGGUUACCCGAUACUGUGUCAAACCUGUCCCUGAUACAGUGACUUCAGACCGGUGUCAUGUUUUGCAGUGGGGACUAGCUGGGGCGGCUAGGCAGUGCUCACUCAGUUCCAUGCUAUUUCUCACGCUGCUGCUCUCUACAAGUGCUUGGAACAGGAGGCAUCUCAAAGGCCUCCUCGGUCAACCUGUCUGGGGUGAGACUAGAAAACUCAACCAGCUGAGGACUGGUGGGCUGGGGAGCCUCGCUCCCUCUCCAGUGCUUGGUUCUUGCUGACACGCAGUUCUCUAGUGUAGGAAUAUACCAAUAUACUCUUGGUAUGCACAUGGAUCGUUUCCAGCUUGAAGUGAUUAAAAUGGUGUUCCUGUGGACACCCUUGUACAGAUGCUUUGGGAUGCAUAUAUUUGCAUUCCCUGUACCUAGGAUUGGUACCCUCAAGGCACGACUCAGGCAUUGAGCGUAUACACGUUCAACUACAGUGGAUUCUGCCAAAAAGUCUUCCUAAAUGGUUGUGCCAACUCACAUUCCUUUCAGCAAUGUUUGAGACUCACUCUUCAGCAGUUGUCAUGAUUUUUUCCUCUCAUCUUUGCCUUUUGGGUAUGAAUAGCAACAUUUCAUUGUGGCUACAGUUUUCAUUUUCCUGAUGAAUACUAAUACCUUCCCCCCCCCCCCCACCACCACCUUCGGCUUCCUCAAAGCUGGGGCUAAAGUGCUGGGACACUGGCUUUGUUACAGGGCUGUUGGAAUCCAAGCUCCAUCCUUCAUGGCUGUGUAACAGGUGCCCUGAGCCACGGAGCCAUCUCUCCAGCCCCCCAAUGCGCCCCCACCCCGUGUGAGUGUUUUCUGUUAGGAAGUGGCUAGGCUAGUGUCUUAGCUAUUUUCUCUAUUUGCUUGUUACUCUUUUUCUUACCGAUUUAUAGAAAUAUUUUAAAUAACCAGGUUAAAAAUACUCUGUUGGCUUUUAAACAUUUCCCCCCAAAUGCAUACUGUUUGCUCUAACUGGUGCCUUCCGAUGAGCAGAGGUUUGAUUUCCCUGUAAUGUUGGUUUUGCCCUUUUCCUGAGGCUAGGGUUUUCUGUGUCACGUUUAAGGAGCUUAUGUCCCCCUGAAGAUGGCCUCCAUCUCGACCUCCUAGACGUUUUAUAGUUCAUGGUGAGGCCGAUGACAGCCUGUAAUGGUUUUGAAGUAUGGCACGAAGCAAGGGUUCGUUUGGGUGUCCGGUUGCCUGGGCAUUGGUUACCGCAAUGGUUAUUUUAACCCUCACGCUAGUACUCGUCACCACCUUGUCAGAAGUCAAGUGUCGCCGUCCCCGAGGCUCUUUUUGGAGCUGUGCCGUCACUCUGCUUUUGUACCAUCCCUGUGCUACAUCCCGGCUCUCCUGACUGUGUUUCUAUCCAUAGUAACACCACCUUGUCGUCGUGGUCGUGACGUAGUGCUAUAGUAAGGUUUGCUGUCUGGCAAUCCAACUGUUCCUCGGGUCUUGGUUGUUAUAGCUCUUUCCCUUUACACAUACAUCUACAUAAGCUUUACAACCAGCACGUCCGUUUUGAAGCCCAAACAGAUUAAGUGUGAAAAAGCGUUAUCUUUUUUUUUUUUUUUUUUUGGUUUUUUUUUUCGAGACAGGGUUUCUCUGUGUAGCUUUGCGCCUUUCCUGGAACUCGCUUUGGAGACCAGGCUGGCCUCGAACUCACAGAGAUCCGCCUGGCUCUGCCUCCCGAGUGCUGGGAUUAAAGGCAUGCGCCACCACCGCCCGGCUGAAAAAGCGUUAUCUUUACGACACUGAAUUUUAAACCUGUGAACAUGGUUUAGCAUUUCAUUUACGUUAGUCUCCUUUGUUUUCUCAUAAUCAUAUUUUUUUUUGUUUUUGAAGUAGAUGUCCUUGAAUACUUUUAUAGUUAUUCGAUGAAUUUGAUGUGAUUAUAAAUACUAUCAUUAAAUACUUUUUACGCUCUGAUCGUCCAUGGCUGCUUACAUAAUACAACUAAUUUUUGUAACUUCAACUUCCACCCAGUGAUUAUGAUAAAUACAUGCAUGAAUUCUCAUCAUUAAUCUGUAUGUUCUGUAGCAUUUUCCAAAGAUGAAAUAGUGACAGUUUUAUUUCUCCAUUCCCGGCCCAUACCUCCCCCUUUUCCCUCUCUUCCCUUUCUGGUACCUGUUGGUUAGGUAAGACCUUGUACAGAGACAGAAUGGACGGCAGACUGUUGGUUAGGGAGAGCCUUCAGGACAGGGGCAGAGUGGAUGGCAGAAGGCAUCUUCCUUUUACACUUAUCU